UGUCAUAAAAGCGAGCUUACAAAAUCGAGAUAGUCAGAAAAACGUAGGCCAUGAUAGUUUUCAUUGCGAUCGUAAAAAUCCUUGUUUUUCUUAAUUUUUGUGACGCGAUGACAAUGAAACAGAUAAAAUCAACAGGAAAGAUGAUGCGAAAAACGUGUCAACCGAAGAACAAUGUUGCUGAUGAGAAAAUUGAUCCAAUGGUCAAAGGUGAAUUCAUAGAAGAAAAAGAAGUGAUGUGUUAUGUGGCGUGCAUAAUGAAAAUGGCUAAUGCGAUAAAAAAUGGUAAACUAAAUUAUGAAGCAGCUAUGAAACAAGCAGAUUUGCUUCUGCCUGAUGAGAUAAAGGAACCAGCUAAAGAAGCUUUAACAGCUUGUAGGAAAGUGGCGGACUCGUACAAAGAUGUCUGCGAGUCGUCAUUCUUCUUAACAAAAUGCAUUUACAACCACAAUCCAUCAGUUUUUUACUUUCCCUGAAAACUAGAUUAUAAAUAACGAUUUCAGUUUUACAAAUGAUUCCCCUUAUCUCAUUAAAUAAUAAACAUUUUUAUGUAAUUUGGAAUAGAUAUCAAACGAUAAGCAACAUACAAAUUUAGCAUCUCUCCUGAACCUGCGUUCUUUAACUUAAUAAAAAUAUUUUUCAAACAGCAA